AUGACCUCAACAAUAGAAAAACCUUCUAGCCUCCAAACAGGACCAACACCAUCCAAGCGAAAGUCCCCUGAGGAGAGCGACGCGCCAAAACCCUCCUCCACCACAGUUCAAACCUUCACCUCCCGCAAUCCACCCUGGACCUACCUCAAACUCCAACUAAUCACGCAACCACCAACCUCAACAAGCCAAUCUCCCCUCGACCCCCUAACCGCAAAAACCCACCUCACCGCCGCCCUCGCCCAGUUCCUCGGCCUCACAGGGACAGCCAUCCCGCUUGACAUCCUGAAAAUCGCCCGUGAGGGCCAAGCGCAGACAGUCUGGAUCCGCGUGCCACGCUCGGACGCUGCGGCCGUCGUCGCGGCGCUGAGCUCCUGGAUCGGUGGCCCCGCCGGCGGGGGGAGUAAAUCUGCGACUGCGACGGCGACGGGGGGCAGCGUGGCGUGGCGGGUGUGUGCGAAGGGGAAUUACCUCGGGGCGGUGGUACAUGGGUCUGGGGGCGAUUUGUUUGUGCCAUAG